GUCAGACGGGGCUCUUACGACAGUUUAUAUAGCUUGACGGCAGCUCCUGAAGAAGUCACUUCAUGCUGGAUUUAGGCUGACGUUUCCCCUCUGUUUCCUAGAUGGACACUCUUUACAUCUCUCCCCACCCUGAUGACUUCAGGAGUCUGUUGCCAUUGAUCGCUGCUGAGUACUGCCAAUCUUCUCCAAGAGCAGUGCAUGAGGAUCCUCCAGCUGAGGUUGCCAAAUCUCGUCCGGCACUGGUUUUGGCUGGUGCUGGUGGGACGGUGCUCACUGGUGCCAAUGCUGUGAGCUGGUACCUGGCUGCAGCGGGUAAACGUACAGGCAGCGACAAGAAACAAGAAAGUCAGGUGUGGCAAUGGCUGAGCUUCGCUGACAAUGAGUUAACGCCUGUGGCUUGUGCUGUGACGUUCCCUCUGCUUGGGGUCAUGGGAGUUGACAAGAAGGUUCAGCAGAAUUCCCGGGCAGAGCUGCUACGUGUGCUUAAAGUUUUAGAUAAGAACCUAGAAACACGAACGUUUCUGGUCGGGGAGGGCGUAACUCUGGCAGAUAUGGCUGUUGCUAUGGCAUCUCUGCUGCCGUUCAAAUAUGCAUUGGAAUCUGCAGACAGGAAGUCAUUGGUGAAUGUGACCAGAUGGUUUGAGACUUGCGUGAACCAGCCACAGUUCCUGAAGGUGUUGGGUAAAAUCUCACUGUGUGAGAAAAUGGGCCCAGUGACACCCAAACCCACCACAGCCACCAACACCAGUGCCAACCUUGAUGCAUCCAGCAAUGCACCUGGUAAUGGUCCUCCCAAAACGGAGGCUCAACUGAAGAAAGAGGCCAAGAAGCGUGAAAAGUUAGAGAAGUUUCAACAGAAGAAGGAUAUGGAAGAGAAAAAGAAGCAGCAACCUCAGACAGAAAAAAAAGCCAAACCUGAGAAGAAGGAAUUGGGUGUGAUCUCCUACAACAUCCCCACUUCACCCGGAGAGAAAAAAGAUGUUUUAAGUCCUCUACCUGAUUCAUACAGUCCUCAGUAUGUGGAAGCUGCCUGGUACCCCUGGUGGGAGAAACAGGGUUUCUUUAAGCCUGAAUAUGGGAGGAAGAGCGUAAGUGAGCCCAACUCGCGUGGAGUGUUUAUGAUGUGUAUUCCCCCACCCAAUGUGACCGGAUCCCUGCACCUUGGCCACGCCUUAACCAAUGCUAUUCAGGACACCUUGACCAGAUGGCACAGGAUGAGAGGAGAGACCACACUGUGGAACCCUGGCUGUGAUCAUGCUGGUAUCGCCACACAGGUGGUGGUGGAGAAGAAACUGAUGAGAGAGAGACAGAUGAGCAGACAUGACCUCGGGAGAGAGAACUUCAUCCAGGAGGUCUGGAAGUGGAAGAAUGAAAAGGGAGAUCGUAUCUACCACCAGCUGAGGAAGCUGGGCUCCUCUCUAGACUGGGACAGAGCUUGUUUCACCAUGGAUACUAAACUGUCAUUUGCAGUCCAGGAGGCUUUUAUACGCAUGCACGAGGAGGGUGUGAUCUACAGAAGCAAGAGACUGGUCAACUGGUCGUGCACUCUCAACUCAGCCAUCUCUGACAUAGAGGUGGAUAAAAAGGAGCUGACAGGGCGGACUCUUCUUCCUGUGCCGGGAUAUAAGGAGAAGGUUGAAUUUGGAGUGCUGGUGUCUUUCGCAUAUAAAAUUGAAGGAACAGAUGAGGAGGUUGUGGUGGCCACCACACGUAUUGAAACCAUGCUUGGAGAUACAGCUGUGGCUGUCCACCCUAAUGACCCCAGAUAUCAGCAUCUCAAAGGCAAGAUGGUUGUUCAUCCGUUCUCUGACAGAAAGAUGCCGGUGGUGUUUGAUGACUUUGUGGAUAUGAACUUUGGAACAGGUGCGGUGAAAAUCACUCCUGCCCAUGACCAUAAUGAUUAUGAGGUGGGAGAGAGACAUAAACUUCCUUUCAUCAACAUCCUGGAUGAAAAUGGCCUCCUCAUCAAUGUUCCUCCUCCAUUCCUGGGAAUGAAGCGUUUCGAGGCGAGGAAAGCUGUGCUUCAGGCUCUGAAAGACAAAGGCCAGUUUAAGGAGGUCAAAGACAAUCCUAUGGUGGUGCCUGUGUGCAGCCGUUCUAAGGACAUAGUGGAGCCCUUGUUGAAGCCCCAGUGGUACGUGGACUGCAGGGAAAUGGGCAAGCAGGCAGCAGAUGUCGUCAGAAGUGGAGAACUGAAGAUCAUCCCCGACCACCACCUCAAGACCUGGUUCAACUGGAUGGACAACAUCAGGGACUGGUGCAUCUCACGGCAGCUGUGGUGGGGUCACAGGAUACCAGCGUACUUCGUAACUGUGAACGAUCCAUCUGUCAAACCAGGCGAGGAUGUGGAUGGACAUUACUGGGUCAGCGGGAGAACAGAAGAGGAAGCCAGAGAUAAAGCAGCCAAACGCUUUAAUGUGACUGCAGACAAAAUAUCUCUCCGUCAGGAUGAAGAUGUGCUGGACACUUGGUUCUCUUCAGGGAUCUUCCCAUUCUCCAUCUUUGGCUGGCCCAAUGAGUCAGAAGACCUGAGAGUGUUUUACCCUGGUACUCUUUUGGAGACCGGCCAUGAUAUCCUCUUCUUCUGGGUGGCUCGUAUGGUCAUGAUGGGUCUCAAACUCACAGGAAAACUUCCUUUUAAAGAGGUGUAUCUGCAUGCAGUGGUACGGGAUGCACAUGGCAGGAAAAUGAGCAAGUCUCUGGGUAACGUCAUUGAUCCUUUGGACGUCAUCACUGGCAUCUCAGUGGAGGGUCUUCAUGCUCAGCUGACAGACAGUAAUCUUGAUCCACUUGAGAUUGAAAAAGCCAAACAAGGACAGAAAUCUGACUAUCCCAAUGGAAUUCCAGAAUGUGGCACUGAUGCGCUCAGAUUUGCUCUGUGUGCUUACACAAGUCAAGGCCGAGAUAUUAAUCUGGAUGUAAACAGGAUUCUGGGAUACAGGCAUUUCUGUAAUAAGCUGUGGAAUGCUGUGAAGUUUGCCAUGAGGACUCUGGGAGAGGCGUUUGUGCCCUGGGAAAAAGCUCAUCUAUGUGGCAGUGAGAACGUGUCUGAUCGCUGGAUUUUGUCCCGGCUGUGUGCGGCGGUAGCUUUGUGUGAUGCUGGAUUCCAGGCCUACGAUUUUCCUGCUAUCACAACUGCCAUCUACAAUUUCUGGCUCUAUGAGCUCUGUGACGUCUACCUGGAGAGUGUGAAGCCAGUGAUGAGUAAAACAGAUCCAGAGGGACAGAAGGAGGCAGACAUAUGCAGGCAGACUCUCUAUACCUGUCUAGAUGUGGGGCUCCGCCUACUUUCUCCUAUCAUGCCUUUUGUUACAGAGGAACUUUAUCAGAGGUUGCCAAGGAGGCGACCUCAGGACAGCCCGCUCAGCAUCUGUGUCACAUCCUAUCCAGACACUACAGAGUUCUGUUGGCACAGUGAGGAGAUCGACCGUCAGAUGGAGUUUGUCAUGUCUGUGGUCAGAACCAUCCGAUCGCUCAGGGCCGAUUACAACCUGACCAAAACUCGUGCUGACUGUUAUCUGCAGUGCAUAGACUCUGAUACAGCUGCUCUGGUCCAGAAAUACAGCCUGCAGAUCCAGACCCUGUCUUACUCUCAAGCCAUUCACCCAGUUGUAGGAGGCGACGGCACUAUCCCACAAGGCUGUGCGGUGGCCAUCGCCUCAGACAAAUGCACUGUUCACCUCAUGCUGAAGGGUUUGAUUGACUUAGAAAAGGAGGUCACUAAACUAACAGCGAAGAGAGGAGAGCUGGAGAAACAGAUGGAGAAACUGAAGGAGAAGAUGGCUAAGAACGACUACAAGGACAAAGUCCCUGUAAAAGUGCAGGAGGCAGAUGCUGAGAAGCUGAGGCAGAAUGAGACCGAACUACAGAAAGUGAAGGAAGCCAUUGAAAACUUCAGCAAGAUGAUGUGAUGCAACUCGACUUUUAUUUGCUCUCUUUAACUUACAAACUUUUACAUUCAGAUCCUUUUGUUUAAUGUAUGUGUCGGCUCAGUCUACUGAAAAAUAAUAUGGGAAACUUGAAUAAAGAUCAGCUUAAGAUUA